CUUUAGUUCGGUAUAGCGCAAUAAUAAUAUCGAUAGUAAAAAUAAUAACCAUGCAUUGUAAAAUGCCUAUAAUAUAUUUAUAUAAUUAUAUAUAUAAUACGAACAUCGCAUGGCGAUGACCUGUGGGCAGAGAAGACCCUCUCGAUCGUGGCAUAUAAUAAUUUCUUUGUAUCGAUUGGUCGUAAUUUAUUUUAUUAUAUAUUAUUUUUUGAAGUGCGCUAUCCGCCGAUCGGCGGAAACAAACGAUUGCGUGGCGUAUUACAGUACGAUAAACGUGAAUAUUAUCGUGAGCGAUAUCAUCACGCCCAGCAGCCCAGGACACGUUAUUAUUAGUAUUGAUAUUAUUGCACUGAUGUCAGUGCAAAAAAAGAACAACAAAACGAAAAGACAAAACGAAAAAAAAAAUUGAAGGUCACAUCGGCAAUUAUAUAGUAUAGAGGUACCUAUACCAUGUUGUAAUGAUAUUUAUUGUCUGCAUUUACGCGUAGCAUAUGAUUUUAUAUUAAAAUUAUUAUUUAUUAAACGCACGCAUCGGGCGUACUACAGGUCUUCGUUGUUAGGAAUUAUCGAUCGCAACAAAUAUAAAAGUAGAAUGUACGUAAAUAAUUAAAAGUGAUAAAUCGACAAUAUAAAAAAAAAAACGACCAUUAACCACGUUUUUCGUUUACACAUCACGUAAGUAUAUAUAGGUAUUAUCUGUCUAGCAGUUUUUUUUUUGUCAAUUUAUUUAUUUUUGCAACGAGCGAGUCUUCGCGUCGUAUGGGCAAUAACAAUAAAUAAUAUCAUAUCAUAAUAUGUGCAUAUUAUAAGACCCAUACGGUCCACAUAAUUUUGUGUAGCAGCAGAAGUAUAGAGAAAGGUGAUAAUAAUACGCGCACUGGAAUUUUACAUACUGCUGUGAAUAACUGUGCGUAGCAAUUAUAACGACCCAGUUGCUGAUAGUGUCUUGGUUUUUCAACGACAAUUACACGGUUUUUACUUUUCUGCAGACGACUUGACAGAUUUAACGACAACAAACUCGGCCGUAACACGUUAAUAUUAUUAUUAUUGAACGCUGCAGGUAGUCUGCUCGCAUAUAAUAUAUAAAUGUGACGCAAAGCAAUUCGAAAUGAAUAAUUUAGCGAAUGGCGAUUAAAGAAAAGUAUAAUAUGAACAUUGAACACCGUACGGGUGGCGGGCGGAGUGCAGCCAACGUCGCGGGAGGGGCCGUAUAGUAAGUCCGAGUAUUAAAAUCGACCGGUUUUCGUUCGGAUAUCGUUAAAGUGAGUAAACCCAGCCACGUUUUACUGCACGUAGUAUAUACACAUUAUUACUAUUAAAAUUAUUAUUUUAUUAUACAGGUGUGAGACUGUGGGAGAGUGAGUGGAAUCGAAAAAUGCUAUAAUAAUUGAAAAAUAAUCGGAAGCAAUGAAAAUUAUUUUUAUCACGUAAACAUUUUCCAAACGAGAUAAUAUUAUUAUGUAUGUAUGAAUACGACACGUGAUGUGGUGGUGGCGAUGGUGACGGCGGCGGCGGUAGUGGUAGCAACUUGUUGCUCGGCCGUUAGAAAUCGCGCGAUGCGUGACAACACACAAAACCCUGGGAAAAAGGCGGCGGCGGAAAUCAUUAGCAGCGCGAUUCGGCGGGAGCCAAAGGGGCAAUACGCCCGUAGUUUUUUAAUCGUUUUUUUUCCGUUUCCGAAAAAAUUAACACCCGGAAAAGGAACGAGUGGUGCGAAAAAAUAAAUAAAUAAAACGGCUACGAACGCGGUCCGCGUACAUAAUUGUCCCGGAGUCGUCAAUCAUUUAACUCUUUCGUUACGCGUGUCAUUCGCGAUUGCAUAUGUUCAACGAAAAAAAUAAAUAUACAUUAUAUAAAAACGAAACGCGCACCCUGCGCGUAUUUCCCGGGGACUUGACGACAAUAAUUAUCGCAACUUGUACGUAUAUACGUGGCCGGAACGAAAAUCGAAAGAAGUGAAAAAACGAAAAGGGGUGAACGCCGCGGAAACCGAUGACAUUGAUGCUGAUCGAUUAUCGAUUUUCUCGGGGCAGCGGCGGCGUUACACGCGGCGGGUAAAAAAUAAUAAUGAUAAUAAUAAAAACCGAGCCGGGUGCGUUUUUUCUCCAUAAUAUUCGCCUUUUGUCGUCGCAUCAUUAAUCAUCUUUUCGGAAGCGAUUCUGCACGAUCGAUUAAAACUACUACUACUACUACUACUACACGAUUACUACUACCUACUCGUUUCUUUUAAAAAAUUAUUUUUCCCUUCUUUUAUUUCCUUAAAAAACAAUUUUUUUGCAGAAAAAGUUUAUUUUUUUUUUUUAAUGUGCUUGAAAUUCUCACGAGAUUGUUAUUUUCGUUAUUGUUAACGAAGUUGUUGAUGCGAAAUUCAAGACACGUAACCGGAUACCCUCCGUUUCUUUACAAAUAUUGAGUGUUUUUUUUUCACGCCAUCAUCAAUUUUAAUCAGCAAGGAGUUGAUAGUGUGAAAUGUGCGCGCACUUAAAUUGAUUAGAAUUGAAACCGUUUAAUGUGCCCCGUAUUGCCGUUUAUAUUUUAAAGACGGAAUAAUUUUUUAUGCGCCGUUGUUGAAAUAUUAUAUCAAAAUAAUAAUACGUAGUAAAUAUAUAUACACAAAAAACGAUUGGUUUCGUAAAUGUUCGUUUCCACGUCGAUACAGUGUAUUUACAAUAUAUUUAUAGGUGCAUAAUAUUAUACUAUAUUAUUUUAAUGUACGCUUCUUUUUAACGAAAAUAACUUAAAUUUUUCUGCCGAAAAUAAUUUUAAAAUCGCCUAGACGUUAUCAUGAAUAAGUGUCCGGAAUAUAUGGACCGCAAGGUGUUCGAAUUCGGAAUGGAGGAUGCGGGCCCAGGACCUGCAGCAUACGGUGCCCGGACGACGGUGGGUCGCCUGAACCGAUUGCCCACCGUAGCCGGUGCACCAUCGUGCUCGAUGCAUCAGCGGCUGGACUUGGGCAACGAGACCGAAGGGCCAGGGCCGGUAGUGUACAAUCUGGCACAGCUAACGUGCCGUGGUCGAGCCGUGGCUCCACGGUACAGCAUGGCCAAGAAACUGCCUUUCGACGGCGACAUGGACAACCCGGGACCGGCGGCGUACAAGCCUAGAGCCCCGGUCAAGGGUCCUGUACCCAAGAUGCUGUUUCGGAUAAUCGACCCGGAUCCCAGAGCUGGCAAUCCUGGGUCCAACGUUUACAAGUUGCCGUCAACACUGUCGCGUAAAAAGAUUACGCUGGCCAAGAAAAUCGACGAUAUCAUAGACAUCAAAUCACCCGGUCCGGUAUAUCAAACGGUGCCUUUGAACAAAUACAAAACGAAAGCGCCCCAACACAGUCUGUCGAAGAAAUUUGAAGACCCUCUUUUGGUCAACGAGAUGAAUGGCCAAUCACCGAGCCCGCAGGCAUACAAUCCCACGCUCAAGUACAAGUACAAAGUUAUGCCGAAGUUUUCGUUCGGGAUGCGGCGUCCCGAUAAAUUUCCACCAUUAGUGGUGUGUGGCGACGAUGUUAAAAUACCAAAAUAAACGGUUUGUAACUAUAUUUUCGUCUAAGGACGGUCGCCGUCGCGUGUCGUAGCUUAUAAAGGCAAUAUCACGACAUAAUAUACCUACGUCCUACAGUGUAUAUGAAAAAAAUAUAUAAUUAUUAAUUGUUA